CCUGAAGACGGCACAGUCCAUCUGAUUCUCUAAUCUUUUUCACUUGUGAGCAGUCACAAAAAACUCAAGCACAAUGAUCGCCAAAUUCGUUGUUGUCCUCGCCCUCGCCGUGGCCGUAAACGCCGGAGUGUUGCCGCUGGCUGCCGCACCCGCUGCAGUAGUGGCCCCCGCCGCGUACGCAGUGGCGCCAUAUGCCAGCUCGUACUCCGCGCACGCCGUCAACCAUGCUGUCGCUGCCCCAGUCGUUGCCCCAGCCCCAGUCGUCGCUGCUCCAGCCCCAUACGUCGCUGCCCCAGCUCCCUACGUCGCAGCCUCCCCCUACGUGGCGUCUCCUUAUGUAGCAUCUCCCUACGCCAGAUACCUGUCUGCCCCAGUUUUAGUAUAAACGAAUUUGGUGACACCAUUACCUAGUGACUUGCUCAAACGUUAUGAAUUACGAUUAAAUAUUUUAUAACUUC